CAGGUCGGCUUCCAGUAAUUUCCACGAGCAGUAAAAGCGGAGGCGCGUGAACAGACCAGACGCUUCCAGAAGUCGCGUGAGAGCCGCUCGCAGUGCGCUCUGCUUCACGCGCCGCGACCGUUACCGGCAUCCGGGCCACAGUAUGGCGAAGUGGGGAGAAGGAGACCCUCGGUGGAUCGUGGAGGAAAGAGCGGACGCCACGAAUGUCAACAACUGGCACUGGACUGAGAGGGACGCUACAAACUGGUCUUCAGAGAAGUUAAAAGAGUUGCUUGUGGGAUUGAGUGUAGAGAACGAUGAUGGCAAGUGUGAGAUCACUGAGGUGUCAAAGCUGGAAGGUGAGGCUUCCAUUAACAACCGCAAAGGAAAGCUCAUCUUUUUCUACGAGUGGAACUUAAAGGCCAAAUGGAAAGGGAUAUCCACUUCAGGAAUCAAGUAUAAAGGAAAUAUUGAAGUUCCAAAUCUAUCAGAUGAAAAUGAUAUGGAUGAUCUUGAUAUCAGUGUGAGCCUUUGUAAAGACGAGCCUGACACGCCACUGUCUGACCUGAUGAAGAAAGAAGGAGCUGAUAAAGUCCGCUUGGCACUUGACAGCUAUGUGGGUCUUCUCAAAACAGAGUUCACACAGGGUAUGAUCUUGCCUACAGCCAACGGUUUGAGCAAGCAACCGACAUCUCAAGCAAAAGUCAAAAUGGACAAGACUCAGAUUGGUUCUAGCAGCACAGCUGCUCCCAUUUCUACUGGAGUUAAGAUUCCUACCUGUAAGUUCUCACUAAGGGACACAUUUCUCACCUCACCAGAGGAUCUCUACAGAGUCUUCCUCAACCAGGAAAUGGUGCAGGCAUUUACGCAUACUGCUGCAGUGGUUGAGCCGGAAAAGGGAGGAAAAUUCCGCCUUUUGGGUGGGAAUGUAUUUGGAGAGUUCCAAGAGCUGGUUUCUGAGGAAAAGAUAGUUAUGAAAUGGAGAUACAACACAUGGCCAAGUGAGCACUAUGCGACAGUGACCCUGACUUUUACAGACAAAGGAAAUGAAACGGAGCUGAAGAUAGAGUGUCGGGCUGUGCCUGAGAGUGAGGAGGAACGCACGCGAGAGGGCUGGCAGAGGUACUAUUGCCAGGCCAUCAAACAGACGUUUGGUUAUGGCGCACGACUUUGCUGAGCUUCAGCUACACCAUUCGCUACUUUUUAUUUGUUUUUCUCUGGUCCACAUGUACAAAUGAGAGCAGUGGAAUGUGACUCUACUGAGUAAGAGACUUAGCAUUGCUCCUUCCUCUACAUGUUUCUUUCAGAUUUGGGUUUUUGAGGCUUACAAAAAAAUCCAAACAUCACAAAAGAAAAUGACAAAUGAAUAGGAAAUACAGAGAGAGAAGGACUAACUGGAGGCUUGAGUCAUGUAUUGAUGUGUUAUCUGCAUAUGUGUGUAAUAAAUUAAAGUUUUAUUGUAGCAUGGUAACUUGUCCAUUUGGCACUCUACCCUGGCUUGGAGAGGUACAGCGUUAAAUGGUGCCUUUUUUUCUUUUUGGAACUAAACUUUUUUACUUUCUAUCAAAAGUUAUGUCCCCCACUUAAGGAUUUCAUGGAGGUUUGGGAAAAGAAGAAUAAACAGAAACUCCUAUACCACUUCAGUAAACAAUUUCUUGCCUAUGUGUAUGAGAUGACAUUGUAUUUUUUAGCAGAGGUUGGUUUAUUUCUGUAAGUCCAUCAUAUCAUAUAUCAUUUCAUGACUGUUGUAAAUGCUACUGCUACCUUCCUGCAAAUCCUUGAAUCAAGCUUGAAAUACCCAAUGUCCUUCAUAUUGUUUAGGGAAAAAAUUUCCACAUGUCUCGAAGACUCUGUAUCCCGCACAGUUUUGGUAUUAUUCUGCCCCCUGAACAUCUGAUCCACCUAAUGAUAAUUGGCUGAUAAGCUGCAUUAAGAUGUAUUGACAAGGCCUGUCACGAUUUUUGUUUGAAAUAAUUAUGAUAAAAUUGUCACUUCAAUCUGAUGUUAAUUUCACUGACCAUUUAAUGCCACUGAUAUGAAGAUACAAUACCAUAAUGGUGCAAUUACACCCUAUCAGAGGACAAUGAACCUUUAUCUGUUAAUAAGAGAUGUAUACAUUUUUCUUUACCUCUUGUUAUUGAUGCAUUGGCCAUUGUGUGACUGUCCAAAAUAUUUUUUUAAACAUGCAAGUAAACACAAUGGGUAAUUAAGGCAAAUUACUAAUGUAAUGGCUAUUUAUUGUACAAUGAAUUUAAAUUAUUUUGACAGGCCUAGGUAUAGCUAAAACCAUGCAGUGCAGUAGGUCCCCAUAACUAGGGUUUGACAUGCUCUGGACUAGACCAUAUUAAAAUGUGUGUCAAGAGGCACAAGUGGGCAUUCCUUCGUUAGACUGCUUUUAUAUUUACUUCAGGCUUGAAGUACUGUGUUGAAUUCCACUGUAGGGUUUUUUUUCUCCACAAAUGAAUGGCUCCCAGGAUUAUGCUCAAAUAAUUCAUGACUUGUUCAUUAAUGCAGAAAAUAUUUAUAAUUAUUUUUCUUGCUUUAAAGGACGACACGCUGUAGGUUUUUAGAAAUCCGAUUUUAUUUAUUGUCCAUAAGCACCACAUUUUGUAAACAUGUGAAUUUACAUCACCCACUUUCUUAAAAUAAAAUUGCCCUGGCAUCAUCUAUA